UUUGCUUCGUUGUGUUAUAAUACUUUGUUUCUCUGCAUUAAAAUAGUUUUUCUUUAUUAUAACCAAAAAUAAAAUAUUAAACUUGUUUUGUAAAUCGCGAAACCUUGCGGAAAUAAUCAAGUAAAAGCAAGGUGUCGUAGGGAAAACCCCUAAACUAUAACCAAAAAGUUUGGUUUGUUUACAAAACAUUUGGAAUCAAAACGAAGUAACGAAGAUGUUUAAUUUUCCUGGAUUGCCCGAGCAUUUGGUGGAAGAUGUUAUGACGUGUGGUUUUCUUGGAACGAAAGACGUUUUGAAUCUCGGAUCAACUUGCAAGAAAUUGUGGGGGAUCUCAAAACGAAAUCUGGUUUGGAAAAAGUUGUUUAAAUUAAAGUUUCCAUAUUUAUUAAACAAAGAAAGUAAUCUUGAGGUUGUUCUCCAGUCAUUGGUUAUAACUGAUGGGUCAAAUACGUUGGUUGGAAAUCACUGGAUGGAUGUUUAUCACCAAACCAACUUAAUAAUUAAAGCGUUAAACGAAAUAUCAACCACACAUAACACAAACCUCCAACUUGACGAUGAAGAUUUUGAAACUUUGCUGAAUUAUUCGAAACAAUUCACGUUUAAACUUGUGUUGUGUAUAUUAAGAUGUUUGGUUGAUAAGCCACGCGACCUCACAACAACUUACUACGCAAACAAAGCUUUGGUUUAUCUCAAAUGUUGUUCUUUAACGGAAGAAAUUAAACAACUCGUUGAAACUCCCGACCCCUCGAUGACCCUCCUAAUGCAAGGGGCAAUGCUCGUCUCUGAUUGGUUCAAAGUUCAAACCGAUAUUGACCAAUCAGAAGUAAAGGAUUUCAUUCGAACCUCAGCACAACUCAUCCGUGACAGGUCAUGUGACCUCACCCUGCUACAAGCGGCCAAUCACAUCUUCCAACAAAACUUCAGCGGAAAUCAACAAAACUAUUAUGACAUCAGCAAUUCAUUUAUUGAUGAUGUCAUAAAGACACAACGGGGAAUCCCGAUCACCCUUUGUUUAAUAUUUCGUGAAAUAUCAUCGCACGUUGGUUUGAACCUUCACCCCGUUGCUUGUCCCAGCCACUUCCUGCUAAGAAUGACAAACCCUGGGGGCCACAAAUUUAUCGACGUUUUUAACGAUGGGAAAGUUCAAACAUUUGAAGAACUCGGGUUGAAAGAAGAAUUGUUGAAAACGACGACAAAUGUUGAAGUUUUGUCACGGAUAUGUCGCAAUAUUAAUGCACAUUCCAAGUAUAACAAUACAACGGAUCCCAGUUUGGCUGAAAGAGUUUUGAACUUGAGCGUUUUACUCGAACCAACAUCAGAAAUUAACCGAGCUGAACGUUUGAAGUUUUUGUUUCGAAUAAAUAAGAAUCUUCACACGAUGUUGGAGGAUAAUACGUUGGUGGGCGAAGAGUUUCGGGGGGUGGCCGGUAUCGCUUCACGUGAGGUGAUAGAAGCACGAAUAUUAUCAAGCAUCAAAUUAAAAAUGAAGGAAAAGAAAAAAACUCGGAAAAUAAAAUUCAGAUCGGCCGAUGAAAAUGCCCGAGUCAUGUUUUCGGUUGGAACGGUGACUCGGCACUUAAAGUACGGCUACGUAUGCGUUGUGAGGGGUUGGGACAACUACUGCGAUAUGUCGGUAAGAUGGCAACGACUGAUGGGGAUUCCUCAGUUAAAUGAUGGGGCGACACAACCAUAUUAUAAUGUGUUGGUUCACGAAGAUGGAUCAGAAAGGUAUGCGGCGCAAGAAAACUUGGAAGUGUUGAAAGGAGGGUUGGCGGUCGAACACGAGGAAAUUGGAAAGUAUUUUCAAUCAAUUAAACAUGAUGAUGGGAAAAUAUAUUAUGAACCAAAUCAACAACUUAAACUUGAAUAUCCUGAAGACAUGGCCCAUACAAUAACAUUGUGUCAGCAAUAAGUGUUGUAUACAUAUAUAUAUAUACUCUGUAAUAAAUAUAACAGCUCAU